AAAGGCGGCAAGAACCGGCGCCGAGGCAAGAACGAAAACGAAGACGAGAAGCGCGAGCUCGUCUUCCGCGAAGACGGGCAGGAGUAUGCGCAGGUCAUUAAGAUGCUGGGGAAUGGACGGCUGGAGGUGCAGUGUUUUGAUGGGGAGAAACGGUUGGCGCAUAUUAGGGGUAAGAUGAGGAAGAAGGUCUGGAUAAAUCAAGGCGAUAUCAUCCUCCUCUCCCUACGUGACUUCCAAGACGACAAAGCGGACGUAAUCGUGAAAUACACCGCGGACGAAGCGCGCAACCUCAAGGCAUACGGGGAGCUGCCCGAGAACGCAAAGAUCAACGAGACGGAGACGUUUGGGGAGGAGGACGGGUGA